GCAAGAUGGCCGCGGCGAUGAGCUUCGCGUUUGCUCUGCUCGCGAGCUGCAUUUCCGUCUUGCACCACGGCGGCGCCGGAGCCGCUCCUCCGGCGAACCAGACCGCCGGCUUCCUGGACUGCCUCGCCGCGAGCCUCCCUCCCGGCGUCGUGUACAUGCGCGCGUCCCGGUCGUACCAGUCCGUGCUCGAGUCCUCCAUCAAGAACCUCCUCUUCGACACGCCGGCCACCCCGACGCCGGUCGCGGUCGUCGAGGCCACCGACGCCUCGCACGUCCAGGCCGCCGUGCGCUGCGGCGUCCGCCACGGCGUCCCCGUCCGGUCACGCAGCGGCGGGCAUGACUACGAGGGCCUGUCCUACCGCAGCCUCGACGCGGCCCGCGCCUUCGCCGUCGUCGACCUGGCCGGGGCGCUCCGCGAGGUCCGCGUCGACGUCCGCCGCCGGACGGCGUGGGUCGGCUCCGGCGCGACGCUCGGCGAGGUGUACUACGCCAUCGCCAACAAGAGCUCGCGCCUUGGGUUCCCCGGCAGCGUCGGUCCGACGGUCGGCGUCGGCGGGUUCCUCAGCGGCGGCGGGUUCGGCCUGAUGCUGCGGAAGCACGGACUCGCCUCCGACCUCGUCCUCGACGCCACCAUAGUUGACGCCACGGGGAGGCUCCUCAACAGAGCCGCCAUGGGUGAAGACCUCUUCUGGGCCAUCCGAGGCGGCGGCGGCGGGAACUUCGGCAUCGUCGUGUCCUGGAAGCUCCGUCUCGUGCCCGUGCCUGCCACCGUCACGGUGUUCAAGGUCCACCGGUCAAGAAACCAGUCCGCCAGCUACCUCCUCACUAGGUGGCAGCAAGUAGCCCCCUCCCUCCCCAGCGACGUCUUCCUCCGCGUCGUGGUGCAGAACCAGGACGCCCAGUUCGAGUCCCUGUACCUCGGCGCGCGCGCCGGCCUCGUCGCCGCCAUGGCCGCGAGCUUCCCGGAGCUCGGCGUGACGGCGAGCGACUGCAUCGAGAUGACGUGGAUCCAGUCCGUGCUCUACUUCGCGUUCUACGGCACGGGGAAGCCAUUGGCGAUGCUCCUGGACAGGGGCACGGGGAGGCCGGACAGGUACUUCAAGGCCAAGUCCGACUACGUCCAUGAACCCAUGCCCAGCCACGUGUGGGAGAGCACCUGGAGCUGGCUCCUCAAGGACGGCGCCGGGCUGCUCAUCCUCGACCCCUACGGCGGCGAGAUGGCCCGCGUCGCGCCGGCGGCGACGCCGUUCCCGCACCGGCAGGAGCUCUACAACAUCCAGUACUACGGGUUCUGGUCGGAGAGCGGGACGGCGGCGGCGGAGAAGCACAUAGGCUGGAUCAGAGGGCUCUACAGGGAGAUGGAGCCGUACGUGUCCAAGAACCCCAGGGGCGCGUACGUCAACUACAGGGACCUGGACCUCGGCGUGAACGACGUCGCCGGCGCCGGCGCCGGCGUGGCGAGCUACGAGAAGGCGAGGGUUUGGGGGGAGGCCUACUUCAAGGCGAACUUCCAGAGGCUGGCGGCGGUGAAGGCCAAGGUGGAUCCUGACAACUUCUUCGAGAACGAGCAGAGCAUCCCACCACUUCCGAGAUAGAAUGCUCUCCUAUUGGCAUGUGUCCACCUCGAUGAUCCCUCUCCACAUUUUGAUAAAUAUUUUUUUGGGACUAUCUAGCUGAUAGCCGGCCGAAAAAAUUUAGA